GGCCCCGCCCCUGCCCGCGAGCCCCGGGUGGCUCCCUCCUCUCCUCUGCCAGCGGCCCGCCCCCUCCUCGCGAGCUAACGAGUGUCUCUCGCGCGCUCUCUUCCCUCCGCGUGGGUGUGAGUGCGCGAUCCUCCUACCUCGGCCUUCUCCCCAUUGUUUCUUCGCGGCCACCACGAGACCCCUCCCCCCAGUGCUGUUUCCCCCUCCCCCGCCCCGGUGUAAACGGUGCCUGUGGGGCCCCCCGAACGAAGGGAGGGGGCACCCCUGAACCCUUUCCUCUGCGCGUAGCUCCUCCUCUCCCGGGCCGGGACCCCAUUACAGGCUCUGUCCUCUCCCCUCCCCCUCUCCCCCGGCUACCGCUCUCCCUCGCCCCCUCCCCUCAGCGGGUCCUCCUCUUUCUCUCCCUCUCCCUGUCCCUCCUCCUCCCCCUCCCCAUCCCUUCCCCCCCACAAUGCAGUUCGCGGCGCGGCGGACAUGGCGGUGGAGUCCUGAGCUCGUCGUGUCCCGGCCUCCAGCGGCGGCAGCGGCGACGGCGGCGGCAGCAGGAGGCGGAGGGAGAGCGGGAGCCACUGAGAUGAGGAGGCGUCGCGCGCGCCUGUAGCUCGCGGGCCUCGCAGUUUGCUUGCCUAAACUGGAUUUGAAGCAAUUUAAACUACUGGAGAUCUGCCAUUUUAUAAUAGCACAAUUGGAAAGAAACAGAUUUUCAAAUAAUGGAAGAGUCUAAAACCUUAAAAAGUGAAAAUCAUGAACCAAAGAAGAAUGUUAUUUGUGAAGAAAGCAAAGCAGUUCAAGUUAUAGGUAAUCAAACAUUGAAAGCUAGAAAUGAUAAAUCCAUAAAAGAAAUUGGGAACAGCUCUCCAAAUAGGAAUAGUAGUAAAAAAAAUAAGCAAAAUGAUAUUUGUGUAGAAAAAACAGAAGUUAAAUCAUGUAAAGUAAAUGCUGCCAACCUUGCGGGUCCUAAAGAUUUGGGGUUAGUCCUUCGAGAUCAAAGUCAUUGCAAAGCAAAAAAAUUUCCUAAUUCACCGGUGAAAGCCGAAAAGGCAACCGUUUCACAGGUAAAAUUAGAAAAGGCAACCAGUUUACAGGCAAAAGCAGAAAAAUCACCAAAGUCACCUAAUUCAGUGAAAGCAGAAAAAGCAUCCAGUUAUCAGAUGAAGUCAGAAAAGGUACCGAGUUCACCAGCAGAAGCAGAAAAGGGACCCGGUUUACUGUUGAAAGACAUGAGACAGAAGACAGAAUUACAACAGAUUGGAAAAAAAAUUCCAAGCUCCUUUACUUCUGUGGACAAAGUGAAUAUUGAAGCUGUAGAGGGAGAAAAAUAUGCUCUGCAAAACUCACCACGAUCUCAGAAGCAACGGACAUGUACAGAUAAUACUGGUGAUUCUGAUGAUAGUGCUUCAGGAAUUGAAGACGUAUUGGACGAUUUAAGUAAAAUGAAGAAUGAUGAAUCUAAUAAAGAAAAUUCUUCAGAGAUGGACUAUUUAGAAAAUGCCACUGUGAUAGAUGAAUCUACAUUGACACCUGAGCAGAGGCUGGGGUUGAAACAAGCAGAAGAACGCUUAGAAAGAGAUCACAUCUUUCGUCUUGAAAAACGAUCACCAGAAUAUACCAAUUGUCGGUAUCUAUGCAAACUUUGCUUAAUUCACAUUGAAAAUAUCCAGGGGGCUCAUAAACAUAUAAAGGAGAAACGACAUAAGAAAAAUAUUUUGGAAAAACAAGAAGAAAGUGAGCUUCGUUCUCUGCCACCUCCUUCCCCUGCCCACUUGGCUGCUUUAAGUGUUGCAGUCAUUGAAUUAGCAAAAGAACAUGGAAUAACAGAUGAUGACCUCAGAGUCCGUCAGGAAAUUGUGGAGGAAAUGUCAAAGGUUAUAACGACAUUUUUACCAGAAUGUUCACUUAGGUUGUAUGGCUCAUCUCUGACUAGAUUUGCUCUGAAAAGUAGUGAUGUUAAUAUAGAUAUAAAAUUUCCUCCCAAGAUGAACCAUCCAGAUCUUCUGAUAAAAGUACUUGGGAUUUUAAAGAAAAAUGUAUUAUAUGUAGAUGUGGAAUCUGAUUUUCACGCUAAAGUUCCUGUUGUGGUGUGCAGAGAUCGAAAAAGUGGUUUACUUUGUAGAGUGAGUGCAGGAAAUGAUAUGGCAUGUCUCACUACUGAUUUACUUACUGCCCUUGGCAAAAUAGAACCUGUCUUUAUUCCCUUGGUGUUAGCCUUUCGCUACUGGGCUAAGUUGUGCUAUAUUGACUCCCAAACUGAUGGUGGAAUCCCUUCUUACUGUUUUGCUUUAAUGGUGAUGUUUUUUCUACAACAGAGAAAACCCCCUCUUCUUCCUUGCUUACUUGGAAGUUGGAUUGAAGGCUUUGACCCAAAAAGAAUGGAUGACUUUCAGCUGAAGGGCAUAGUAGAAGAGAAGUUUGUGAAGUGGGAAUAUAAUUCAAGUAGUGCAACUGAGAAAAACUCAAUUGCUGAGGAAAACAAAGCUAAGGCAGACCAACCAAAAGAUGAUACCAAGAAGACAGAAACAGACAACCAAAGUAAUGCCAUGAAGGAAAAACAUGGCAAAUCUCCUUUAACAUUGGAAACACCAAAUCGGGUAUCCUUGGGACAGUUAUGGUUAGAGCUGCUAAAAUUUUACACACUGGAUUUUGCUUUGGAGGAAUAUGUCAUAUGUGUGCGGAUACAAGAUAUUUUAACAAGAGAAAAUAAAAACUGGCCUAAAAGGCGAAUAGCCAUUGAAGAUCCAUUUUCAGUGAAGAGGAAUGUUGCACGGAGCUUAAACAGCCAGCUGGUUUAUGAAUAUGUUGUGGAGAGAUUUAGGGCAGCUUAUCGGUAUUUUGCCUGUCCUCAGACGAAGGGUGGAAAUAAGUCUACAGUGGACUUCAAGAAAAGAGAGAAGGGGAAAAUAAGCAAUAAGAAACCAGUCAAGUCGAACAAUAUGGCAACCAAUGGUUGUAUUCUGCUUGGGGAAACCACAGAAAAAAUAAAUGCAGAAAGAGAGCAACCUGUUAAAUGUGAUGAAAUGGAAUGUACAUCGCAGAGAUGUAUUAUUGACAACAACAAUUUGUUGGUAAAUGAACUAGAUUUUGCUGACCACGGACAGGCCUCUUCAUCUCUUUCUACCAGCAAAAGCAGUGAAUUAGAGCCAAAAUUAGAUAAGAAACAAGAUGAUUUAGCACCUUCAGAAACUUGUUUAAAAAAAGAGCUCAGCCAAUGUAAUUGCAUUGAUUUGUCUAAGUCGCCUGACCCAGAUAAAUCUACUGGAACAGAUUGCAGGUCAAAUUUAGAAACAGAGAGUUCACAUCAGAGUGUGUGCACCGACACAUCUGCUACCUCUUGUAACUGCAAAGCUACAGAAGAUGCUUCUGACCUUAAUGAUGAUGAUAACCUCCCCACCCAGGAAUUAUAUUAUGUGUUUGAUAAAUUUAUUUUAACCUCUGGCAAGCCACCAACAAUAGUAUGCAGCAUCUGCAAAAAGGAUGGCCAUUCAAAGAAUGAUUGCCCAGAGGAUUUUAGGAAAAUUGAUUUAAAACCUCUACCACCAAUGACAAACCGAUUUCGGGAAAUACUUGAUUUAGUAUGUAAAAGAUGUUUUGAUGAGUUAUCACCACCUUGUUCUGAACAACACAACAGGGAGCAAAUUUUAAUUGGCUUGGAAAAGUUUAUUCAAAAAGAAUAUGAUGAAAAGGCAAGGUUGUGCUUAUUUGGCUCUUCUAAGAAUGGAUUUGGAUUUCGUGAUAGUGAUCUGGAUAUUUGUAUGACCCUGGAAGGCCAUGAAAAUGCAGAGAAAUUAAAUUGUAAGGAAAUAAUUGAAAAUUUGGCAAAAAUUCUUAAGAGACAUCCAGGUUUAAGAAACAUUUUGCCUAUAACUACUGCCAAAGUGCCUAUAGUAAAAUUUGAACACAGACGAAGUGGGUUAGAAGGCGAUAUCAGUUUAUAUAAUACGUUGGCUCAACAUAACACAAGAAUGCUAGCUACUUAUGCAGCUAUUGAUCCUAGAGUGCAGUAUUUGGGAUAUACUAUGAAAGUGUUUGCUAAGCGAUGUGACAUUGGGGAUGCUUCCAGGGGAAGUUUAUCUUCAUAUGCAUAUAUCCUUAUGGUGCUGUACUUUCUGCAGCAGAGAAAGCCACCUGUUAUCCCAGUUCUACAAGAGAUCUUUGAUGGAAAACAGAUUCCACAGAGAAUGGUUGAUGGAUGGAAUGCUUUUUUCUUUGAUAAAACAGAAGAACUGAAAAAGCGUUUACCUUCACUUGGAAAGAACACAGAAUCAUUAGGGGAGCUUUGGCUGGGACUGCUUCGUUUCUAUACUGAAGAGUUUGAUUUCAAGGAAUAUGUAAUUAGCAUUCGGCAGAAAAAGCUGUUGACAACUUUUGAGAAGCAGUGGACUUCCAAGUGCAUUGCAAUUGAAGACCCUUUUGACUUGAAUCAUAACCUUGGUGCUGGAGUUUCUAGAAAAAUGACCAAUUUCAUCAUGAAAGCAUUUAUCAACGGAAGGAAACUUUUUGGUACCCCUUUUUAUCCACUCAUUGGCAGAGAAGCUACGGAGUCUCACUCUGUCACCAGGCUGGAGUGCAGUGGCGUGAUCUCGGCACACUGCAACCUCCACCUCCUGGAUUCAAGCGAUCCUCCUGCCUUGCCUAGAGUAUCAGGGACCACAGGCGCCCCACACCAUGCCCAGCUAAUUUUUGUAUUUUUAGUAGAGACGGGAUUUCACCAUGUUGACCAGGAUGGUCUCCAUCUCCUGACCUCAUGAUCCACCUGCCUUGGCCUCCCAAAGUGCUGGGAUUGCAGGCAUGAGCCACUGCAUUUGGCCUAAUUUGACUAAUAUUUUAAUUGAAAUAGAAACAAUGAAAAACCAAUCAAAACAAAUACGAUGAUACACUGAUAAAGCAUUUUACCUGAGAAUUGUGAGGAAUCCAACUAUUUGUGUUUAUAUAUGCAUAUGUUCAGUAGGAACCUCACAGUGUUGCAUGCUGUCAGACUUUUUUGUUUAUUUUUGUUUUUUUUGAUACAGGGUCUUGCUCUCGUCCCCAGGCUGGAGUGCAGUGGUGCGAUCAUAGCUCACUGCAGCCUUGGACACCUGGGCUCAAGUGAUCCUCCUCCCUUGGCCUCCUAAAGUGCUGAGAUUUCAGGCAUCAGCCACUAUGCUCAGCCCCAUGUAGUGACACUUUCUUUUUUUUUGAGACAGAGUUUUUGCUCUUGUUGCCCAGGCUGGAGUGCAAUGGCACGAUCUCGGCUCAUGACAACCUCCGCCUCCCAGGUUCAAGCGAUUCUCCUGCCUUGGCCUCCCAAGUAGCUGGGAUUACAGGCACGCACCACCACACCUGGCUAAUUUUUUUGUAUUUUUAGUAGAGACAGGGUUUCACCAUGUUGGCCAAGUUGGUCUCGAACUCCCGACCAGGUGAUCCACCCAUCUCAGCCUCCCAAAGUGCUGGGAUUACAGGCGUGAGCCACUGUGCCCGGCCUUUUUUUUUUUUUUUUUGAGACAGAGUCUCACUCUUGUUUCCCAGGCUGGAGUGCAGUGGCACAAUCUUGGAGCACUGCAACUUCUGCCUCCCAGGUUCAAGCAAUUCUCUUGCCUCAGCCUCCCAAGUAGCUGGGAUUACAGGCAUGUGCCACUACGCCCAGCUAAUUUUGUAUUUUUAGUAGAGACGGGGUUUCGCCAUGUUGGUCAGGCUGGUUUUGAACUCCUGACCUUAGGUGAUCCACCUGCCUCGGCCUCCCAAAGUGCUGGGGUUACAGGCGUGAGCCGCUGUGCCUGGCCGAGACUUUUUAGUAGAAUGCUAAAUUAGAGUCCUCAGUAAACUGGAAAUGGGCCCGUUUUAGUUUAUGCAUACGAAUUUUUAGUAAUUCUUAAUAAUGCAAUAUAUUAUAAUUACAUAUAGAUGUCAAAAUCUUUGGUCUUGAAUGUCAUUUGGGGCCUAGCAGAAGGGGCCCAUGAGUCUGCUAAUCAUUUUUUGAUUUACUUUAUUCUCUUUCAAAAGUCAGUAUGUAGUAUUCCAUAACUUGGAUAUACUAGUUUAUCUAACUUUUCUUUUGAUGGACAUUUAGGUUAUCUUCAUUGUGUCAGUGUUACAACUUACACAGGUUGAGCACCCCAAAUCUGAAGCCUGAAACUUACUGAGCACUGACAUGACCCUCAAAGGAAAUGCUCAUAUGGAGCAUUUGAGAUUUCAGAUUUUCUGAUUUGGAGUGUUCAACUGGUAUAAAUGUAAUGCAAGUAUUCCAAAAUCCAAAACACUUCUGAUCUCAAGCAUUUUGGAUAAGGGAUACUCAACCUGUAUGGUCAAAAAUGUCCUUGUACAUAGUCUUUCAUGCUUAUACUUCAUACCUAUUUCACUCCUAGUUACCGAGAUUAUAACAGCAUGCAAGAUAGAUUUGCCUUAUUUCCCUAAAUUAAUGAAAGAUAAAGAUAAGUAUAUUUCCUGCCCUUUCAUCUUUCUUUUUCUUUCAGUUAUUUUUCUACAUCAUUAUGUUCUCCUAUAUAUUGACCCAUUUUGUCCCUAUCCAUCAGCUGUCUUCUGUCAUUUUUCUUCCCCAUUUAACUUAGAUUUUGUCUCUCUAGCAUACAGUUUGGCUUUUUUUUUUUUUUGAGAUGGAGUCUCACUCUGUCACCCAUGCUGGAGUGCACUGGUGCCAUCCCAGCUCACUGCAGCCUCCGCCACCCAGGUUCCAGUGAUCCUCCUGCCUUGGCCUCCAGAGUAGCUGGGAUUACAGGUGCGCGCCACCAUGCCCAGAUAAUUUUUGUAUUUUUAGUAGAGACAGGGUUUCACCACGCUGGCCAAGCUGGUCACAAACUCCUGACCUCAAAUGAUUGCCCGCCUCGGCCUCCCAAAAUGCUGGGAUUACAGGUGUGAGCCACCGCGCCCUGCCAUCUAACAUAUACCUUGAAUUCCUUUGUGCCACAGUCCUUCCUGUGCACUCUUCUGUAUUGUACCUUAUAUGAAUUCAGGUAUCUACCAUGUGCCUGUCCUUGGGUAGCUGUACACUAAUGGAAAAAAGUCGAAAAGCUAGACAGUUUUAAGUAUAUAGUACAGUCAUAAACGUUUACCAGCCUCAACUGGACUUUCAGUACUGUGUGACAGUCAUAUUUCUUUAGUUACCUUUAGCUCCUAUUCUAUUAGAACUAUUUCAAAUUUACGUAUUUUACUCAAAAUGCAGUAUGCCGGCCAGGUGCGGUGGCUCACGUUUGUAAUCCCAGCACUUUGGGAGGCUGAGGCAGGCAGAUCACAAGGUCAGGAGUUGGAGACCAGCCUGGUCAACGUGGUGAAACCCCAUCUCUACUAAAAAUACAAAAAAAAAAAAAAAAAAAAAAAUUGGCCAGGAGUGGUGGUGCACGCCUUUAGUCCCAGCUUGGCUGAAGCAGGAGAAUCGCUUGAACCCGGGAGGCGGAGGUUGCAGUGAGCUGAGAUUACGCCACUGCACUCCAGCCUGGGCAACAGAACGAGACUCUGUCUCAAAAAAAAAAAAAAAAAAGGCUGUAUGCGCUGCACUUUGUCCCACCUUUUACCUCUGCCCUUCUCACUCCAGUGGAUGCGUUUCCUCUGAGACAGUACAUAGUAUCAAAUAAAUAGUCCUUUAGCUUUCUGCUACUAGAUCUAUAAAUCUACCUGCCUCUAUAGAUAUCCCUUCUUUAUGAAAGAUUAGUUCUUACAUAUGUACUCUAGAUUAUUCUGUCUACUCUGAAUCUUCAACCUCUUCAUCUGUGAAAAGCGUUUUCAGUUAAAAUACAUAAAAUGUCAUUGCAGAUCAGCAUUUAUAGAUGAACAGUUGCUCUCAGUUUUAAUGAUAGGAAACACUAACUUUGAACCCCAAUUAAAUGAACUAUUAUCUCCCUCCAAAAUAAUUCUAUUCUUCUUAGUAGUAAACUUAUAUUAUAAAAGAUUAUAUCUAAUUAUUACUAUUAGCAUAUUUAACAGUUCUUCAAUAAAAUUUUUUUGUGGAAAUUUGCUUUCUCUCAUUGUGUAAGUACCUAUAUUACAUCUUCAAUUUUGUCACAGCACCUAAAAGAUUUACUACCUGACUCUUUACAGAAUAAGUUUGCUGGCCUCAGGUGUAGGUCACCCUAACUGGGGUGGAAGGAUAGAGAAAAGUGGAUUCAAGAGAUAUUCAGCAAUAGAAUGGAUACAACUUGGUCAUUAAUUAGAAGUGAUGGGUGAAAGAGAACACGUUCAGGAUGCUUCUUAGCAUCCUUAAGCAGCUUGGGUGAAUUAAGACCUUUAUGUUGUCCUGGCAAAAACUAGGAUGAUGAUUUUAAUUAGCUACAUUGAUUUAUCAGUAGUAAUGAAGAAUUGUAUCUCUUGUCUUUAAAAAAAAAAAAAAAAACACACACACACAGGAUGGGCAUGGUGGCUCAUGCCUGUAAUCUAUUACUUUGGAAGGCCAGGGCAGGAAGAUCGCUUGAGGCCAGGAGUUCAAGACCAGCCUGGCCAACACAGCGAGAUGCUGUCUCUAAAAAACCAACUAAACCAAACCAAACAGCUUCAUUGGAAUAGAGUCCACAUUAUAUACAACUCACUGUGCAAUUCAGUGGUUUUUAAUAUAUAUACAGGAUUGUGCAACCGUCCCCACAAUUUAAUUUUAGAACAUUUUCGUCUUCUCUAAAAUAAACCCUUGUCCUCAUUAGCAGUCAGUUCUCAUUCCAUCUCUUCCCCUCUUCUCAAACCACUAAUCCACUUUUUGUCUCUGUAGAUUUGCCUAUUUUGGACGUUUCAUAUAAGUGAAAUCAUAUGAUAUGUAACAUUUUGAAACUGGCUUCUUUCA